CCCCCCCCUUAUCCCCAACGUUGACCCUUUUUGCUUCUUCUGAUCUUUCUCCCUACUUUCUACUGCUGCUCCCACUGCUGGUUAUACACUCUAUAUAUCUUCGUCUCAACAACUACAUGUACAAGACCCGUCUAGUACAAUCAUUGAAAGCCACACCACUCGUUGCUCGUAGAUCUUUCAGCGUAUCAUCAGCCAGAAUGGGAGUCACCGUUGAAACCAUCUCGCCCGGAGACGGCAAGAACUUCCCUAAGCAGGGAGACACCGUUCACAUGCACUACGUUGGAACUCUCCAGGACGGAUCCAAAUUCGACUCGUCCCGAGACCGUGGAAGUCCCUUCGUCACUCCCAUCGGAGUCGGCCGAGUCAUCAAAGGCUGGGAUGAGGGUGUCCCUCAGCUCUCCCUUGGACAGAAGGCCAACCUUAUCUGCACGCCCGACUACGCGUACGGAGCUCGAGGAUUCCCUCCCGUCAUCCCGGCCAACGCCACGCUCAAGUUCGAGGUCGAGUUGCUCAAGAUCAACUAGAAGAUUCUAAAUUUGUGGCGCGGUCAGACGCGCAACACGAGAUUGAGGAUUGACAGAAAUAUUCGGAGGUGAUUGAACAUACACGAUACCAACAUUCAAAAAAGUAGCAGCUUGAUCAUGACAAGAUGCAUCGUAUAGACCGUGAUUAGAUCUGGGCGGUGAGGCAACAAGGUCGGUCAAGUUCAGAG